GCACUGUGCGCUCGCGCUCUCUCGGCAUCACACUAAAUACUACACUCUUCAGAGAGGCGUACUGUAAGAUAUAUUCUGAGUAUAUAUAUAUAUAUAUAUAUAUACCAAAAAAAACCCUUAUAAAUAAACCUGUUGAAUGCGGGGGAAGAUGCUGUUAAGGAAAAGCUGCAGUCUAGUUUUGAGCUGCAUUUUGCUCGGGAUCAUCUCUCUACCUUUAAACCAUGCUGCUACAUGUACAGAGAGUCAGUUUCAGUGUGGGAACAAGAAAUGCAUCACGAAUCGUUGGGUGUGUGACGGGAUGGACGACUGCGGCGAUGGAACCGACGAACUACCGGCCUCCUGCAAUGAAAAGAAAUGUCUGCCGUCGGAGUUCACCUGCAGUGAGAGCCCUGUUCAGUGCGUGUCCUACAGGUGGCGCUGUGACGGAAAGGCCGAUUGUGAGAACGGAGCAGAUGAGCAGGGCUGCGCCUUGAAGAAUUGCUCAGCAGACGAGUUCCGCUGCGCAGACGGCCAGUGCAUCUCUUCCUCGUUCGUCUGCGACGAGGACGCCGAUUGUUCGGAUGGCACCGACGAGGCCACUUGCCCCAAGCCUACCUGUACAGCUGGCUCUUUCCAGUGCAACAGCACGGUGUGUAUUCCACAGCUGUGGGCUUGUGACGGAGACGCAGACUGUACAGAUGGCUCAGAUGAGUGGAGUGUCCACUGCGGCCACAAACCGACACCAAGCCCUUGUAGUGGACAGGAGUUUCAGUGUAGCAACGGCGAGUGCAUCCAGGGCAUAUGGCGCUGCGACGGAGGCUUCGACUGCCCCGACCAAUCAGACGAACACAACUGCACUGUGGCCACUUGUCAACUGGAUGAGUUUCACUGUGGUGAUGGUAGCUGUAUCCCCGGCAUCCGCCAGUGUGACGGCGAGUUCCAUUGCAAGGACCAGAGUGAUGAAAAAGACUGUGCCACAGCGAGUAAAUGUGACGGUCCGGACACUUUCCAGUGCCGCAGUGGGGAGUGCGUCAGCAUCGAUAAAGUGUGCAACAAGCAGCGUGACUGUAGGGACUUGUCUGACGAGCCUGUUAAAGAGUGCAAUAUCAAUGAAUGUCUUGAAAGUAAUGGCGGCUGCUCUCACAUCUGUAAUGACCUGAAGAUCGGCUACGAGUGCCUCUGCCCUACAGGCUACCGCCUGGUGGACCACAAACGCUGUGAAGACAUUGACGAGUGUGCUGAUCCUGACACCUGCUCUCAGGUGUGCCUGAACCUGGUGGGCAGCUUCAAGUGUGAUUGUCAAGAUGGCUAUGAGAUGGACCCCAUGACCAAAGAGUGCAAAGCGGUUUCUGGUAACAUACCUUACCUGUACUUCACCAACCAUCACGAGGUGAGGAAGAUGACACUGGAUAAGAAAGAGUACACAUGUCUGAUCCCACGACUGAAGAACGUGGUGGCGCUUGACAUGGAUGUGUCCAGUGGGACAAUCUUCUGGUCUGAUCUUUUCCACAAAAAGAUCUACAGCUCUCCCAUAGACAAGGCUGCUUAUCUGUCGAACCACGUCACCUUGAUUGGCAACCAAAUCUCCUCUCCCGAAGGCUUGGCUGUUGACUGGAUUCACGGCAACAUCUACUGGACCGACAGUUCCCUUCACAGCAUUUCUGUGGCAACAAAGGACGGGUCCAAGCAUAAGACUCUUAUCAAAGAAGGCUUGGACAGACCACACGCUAUUGCUGUAGAUCCAGUGCACAACUUCAUGUACUGGACCGAGUCAGGAAACCCUGCCAAGAUAGGGAAGAGUGGCUUAAACGGGGCAGAUCGUACAGCUCUGGUAACUGACAACAUCGCCUAUCCCACUGGCAUCACGCUAGACUUGGUGAAUCAGCGACUGUACUGGCUGGACGCUAAACUGCACAUGCUUUCCAGCAUCAGUGCCAACGGUGGUUUGCGUCAUGCGCUCAUCGUUGACGAGAGGCAGCUGGCUAAUCCGUUUUCGCUGACUGUUUUUGAGGAGAAAGUGUUUUGGACAGACACAUUCAGCCAAAGCAUCCUGAGUGCUAAUCGUCUGACUGGAAAAAACAUAACCAAAGUAGUGGAGAACCUCAUGUCUCCCAGGGACAUUGCGCUGUACCACAACCUCAAACAGCCCAGUGGUACAAACUGGUGCGAAGAAGGCAACCAAGUGAACGGUGGCUGUGACUAUCUGUGUCUUCCGGCUCCACAAGUCAAUCAGCAGUCCCCCAAAUACACUUGCACUUGCCCCGAUCACAUGGUCCUCGGCUCUGACAUGAGGAAAUGUGUAGAAGCUGUAAAGCCAGUGGCCACUACAGUCGUGGUUCCACCCCCAGUUCCAGCUAGUACUGCACCAAAAUUGCCCACCACCACACCUGCCCUAAAGACAACCAAACAAACACCCAGAACUACAGGCUCAAUGAUUUCCUCAGGUGCUGCUGGGUUUCGCAAGAACGUCCCAGAAACCAAGACUGAGAUCACUGCAAAUGAAGGUUCAAAUGAUGUGCACAUUGCAGACACCAGCCCUUCACAACACUCUGUUGCUCUCUAUAUCAUCCUCCCUAUAGUGGUGAUAUGCCUGACUGUGUUUGGCGGUAUGCUCAUGUGGCGUCACUGGAGGCUGAAGAACACAAACACCAUCCACUUUGAUAACCCUGUGUACCAGAAAACCACAGAGGACCAGGUGCACAUCUGCAGGAGUCAAAGCCAAGAUGGCUACGUCUACCCGCCGCAUCAGAUGUUAUGCUUGGACGAUGAAGAGGACAUUGCGUGAUGUCUCUCACGGAAUGACGCAAACAACCCCAUCGGAAGUCUAAUCUGAAGUACAAGAGAGACUCAAAGGUUAGCAACGGACUCUGGAUGAUGCUCACAUGCUUUGAGUUUCUUUUUUUUUCUGCUGCACAAAUCUGAAUGUGAAGGAAAAAUCCACUACAUGAAGCUUUCUUUUACUCGAAGCAUGGACACAGAAGAAUGUCAUCAUAUAUAUAUAUUAUAGGGUUUUUUUUAAUGCUUUCAAACCAAAAGCCAGCAGAUUUUCUUGUCUGUAGAAGAUAUAGCAUUGACACCACAUCUUGCAGCCAAAAUGUAGUGACAUAUAGAUUAGAUUCCAGAUUAGAAUAUGAAGAACCUCAGCGCCUUGAAAGAAGUUUCGGGUAAAACUUUUUCGAGAAGCCCUGCACACGGAUUUGUGAAUUAGAAGCUGCAGAAUGCAUAUACUUAUGAAGAGCCCUUGCUCUGACCGCAUCUAGUGCACGUUAAUGGAAGUAUAUUAAAGGAAUACUUUAGAGUUGAUCAACGUCAUCUCUUUCCACCUCAUCUGUACCAUAUAUCUGAUUACCAUGGACAAGAAUUUAAAUCUCUCUGUCCUGAAAAGAGAACAGAAAACCUGUUUACUUGAAACCGGACUUGUUAUGGAAUUCUAAUAAAAAAGGGGCAGUUGCUGAAUUGUGAAGCUUUAAAACAGAUUUAAAACAAUUACAGUAAAAACUAAAGGCAGAAGAUUCCAUAUAUAAAUAUUAAUUGAUUAUUUGACUGUCCUAUCAACGGCAGCAUGGUAGCUCAGUGGUUAGCACUGUUGCCUCACAGCAAGAAGGUCCUGGGUUUGAAUCCCGGGGGCCUUUCUGUGUGGAGUUUGCAUGUUCUCCCUGUGCCUGUGUGGAUUUACUCCAGUUUCCUCCCACAGUCCAAAAACAUGUACAUUCGGUUGAUUGGUCAUUCUAAAUUACCUAUGUGACCCUGUGAUGGACAGGUGACCUGUCCAGGGUGUACCCCUGCCUUUUGCCCAAUGUGUGUUGGGAUAGGCUCCAGCAGACCCCGUGACCCUAAUUAGGAAUAAAGUGGGUAUAGACGAUGGAUGGAUGUCCAACUUCAUUAUAAACAUGCUGGGCAUUUUUAUCAAGGCGGAGAAACGUCAGAAAUCCUUGUCUAUGGUAAUCACAUAUUUUCUACGGACACUACAGAUAAAUUUUGAUAACCACGUUGAAUAACUCUGGAGUAUUCCCUUUAAUGGAGUGUGUGUGUGUGUGUGUGUGUACAUUUGCAGAGUGUAAAAAUGUCUACAAUUGUCCACAGAUGUUCAUAAUCACUAAUUGUGUUUUUGUAUUAUAGCCAUUGCUGGGCUUUAGACAAAAAGUGUUACCUGCAUUUAGACCUUGAAUUGUAAAUAAUAAUUUUUCUCGAUGUGAAGAUUUAACUUUGCCUUGCACUACACUUCUUCUUUUUUUGUUUUUCCCCCGAUCGUCGUAACUUUCUGAACGACGAACUAGAUCGCAGUACGAAGAUAUAUUGCACAGUCAGAAGAGACCUCGUUUAGAAGUUUAUAUAGAGAGAAUUGAAGCAUCCUGAGCCAUGACAGCCAUUUUAUAUAUAUAUAUAUAUAUAUAUAUAUAUAUAUAUAUAUAUAUAUAUAUAUAUAUAUAUAUGACGGUACACUACCAUGACUUGCUUGGCAGGACAGUCUGCUGUCCAAAGUCAUCUAGUCAUCUUUCCAAAGAACUAUUCAGGGAUAAAUAAAUAAAUAAAUAAAUAAAAGAAAUCCAUACAGGUUUGUUUUUACGAUGCUCGCACUUGAAGAGAACAGUAUGUUACCUCUCGUUGAAGAAAAUGCAGACAGAACAGAAGCUUUAUGAUAUUCGUGGUUUGCCGAAUGAUUGACAGCAUGCCAGCUCAUGUGCUUUUCGGAGAACUAUGUGCCUGUACGAUGCCUUCCUCUGUAGAUUCGUUAGAUAAGUGUCUUAUCUGUUUGUUCUUGAUUGAAACAUGAUUUACAAUUGAGAAGAAUUUUUUUUGUGCGCCUUAAUUCUCAGGUUUUCAGAACAUACUACAGAUUAACCGGGCCAGAAUAAUACAACUUGAUCUCUUUAGUAUAUGUAAAAUUUUUCUUUUUGAGACUGUGUAAUCAACGUCAACUCAUGUAUAUCGACUACGCUGCUGCUGUUUUGCUUUGUUUUUUUGUACACUCCACAAAUAUCUAUUUUGCAAGCUUGUUACAGUAGAAGUCGUAAACUGAAGUCAAUGUAAAAUCUGUACAUAAUGCUUGUGUAUAUACCUUUUCUGUCAUUCAUUUCUUUUCUUUUUCUUUUUCUUUUUUAAGUUUGUAUAUUUCAAACCAGAGAUUUUGUAAAUAAGGAGAAAAUGCUUUAUUUAUUGUAACAUAUCUAUAAGUGUCAUUUUAUUUUCUCGACUAUUUGUGGAAUACAAGGCUGUUCUUCGGCCAUAAAAGCGGUCAUACUUCAUUUAUUCUCUAAUACACAGGUACCAUACUCGAGGGUGUACAGUCCCUUUUUUCUCUAACUACUCAGAAUACUUACACUGUUAUAGAUGGCUUACAUGACAAGCAUAUCUUCAUCAACUUCACUUUUGGCUUGUUACUGUAUGGAGUGCUGCUUUUCGAAGGUUUUUUAUUGUAUUUUGUGUGGAAGUUACACCGCACGCGAACGGAGAUACUAGAUACUAGAUACGGUUAUUUCGAUUCUGUAGGCAUGUUACAACUCAAAUAAUAUCUACAGGAAUCCUUUUUAUAAAGUUCAACUGUAAUGUGCUAAUCUAAAUCCAUCUCUAACAGCACAUACCAUGAAAUUCCAGUACUUUAUAAUUUCUUCGUGUUUCACUUUAUGUGUACCGCUAACGUGAAAUGGCACGAAGAAAUCCACAAAAAUACUACUAUACUGAGCCAUGUUAACACCAGACAUGUCAUACUGAAUAAAUGGCAUCAAAAACCAUUCGACAGAAAUGAACUUGUAACAACGUUUGUGCCUUUCUAUAAUCUUACCAGGCCUUAUCUAAGCUGAAGAAUUUAUUGUUAUUAUUAUUGUUAUUGUUUUUGCAAAGGAGUCUGCAAAAAUCUAAUAAUAAUAUCUAAUUAAGAUAAAUGAAUUUUGCUUUAGCUUGCUUUAAGAGAAAUAUUAGUCUGUUAUAGACUAGACAUAAGUAUCGGAAUGGUUCGAACCAAGGAAACUGUGUUUUGUGUUUAAUAAAUGACUUUAUCAAUCUCUGAA